UUUCCUGCAUAGCCGGCAAGAAAUGACCGCACGCCACUUCAAUUUCUAUCUCUACAGCCUUCCCACUACGUGUCGCGUGUUCACGUCACGAUUUGAUUGCCUUCCACUUCCACAUUCCAAUUUCCAAGCCACUUCUCCAUACUGCUGCUGUUGAUCACCGACACCAACGAAGUAACAGUUCCACUCUCUCUCAACUUCUUCUUUGAGGAAGAAAGGAAAGGAAGAGCAAAGCACAGUGAUGGUGAUCACGACGGCCGUCGACUCCGCAGAGCAUGUGAACUGCACUUUUGCCUCACGCUAUGUGCGGACUCCUGUGCCUAGAUUCAAGAUGCCGGAGAUGUCGAUGCCCAAAGAUGCGGCGUAUCAGGUGAUAAACGAUGAAUUGAUGCUGGAUGGGAAUCCGAGGCUGAAUUUGGCGUCCUUCGUCACGACUUGGAUGGAGCCGGAGUGUAAUGAUCUCAUCAUGGCUUCCAUUAACAAGAACUAUGUUGACAUGGACGAAUACCCUGUUACCACUGAACUCCAGAACCGGUGUGUGAAUAUGAUAGCUAAUCUGUACCACGCUCCGGUUGGGGAUGAUGAAACUGCAGUCGGGGUUGGGACUGUGGGGUCUUCGGAGGCAAUAAUGCUGGCUGGACUUGCUUUCAAAAGGAAGUGGCAGAACAAAAGGAAAGCAGAGGGCAAACCCUAUGAUAAACCCAACAUAGUCACUGGAGCAAACGUGCAGGUGUGCUGGGAGAAGUUCGCUAGGUACUUUGAGGUUGAGCUGAAAGAGGUAAAGCUUACAGAGGGAUAUUAUGUAAUGGAUCCUGUGAAAGCAGCUGAAAUGGUGGAUGAGAAUACGAUAUGCGUGGCAGCCAUUCUUGGGUCAACCCUGACAGGAGAGUUUGAGGAUGUGAAGCUACUUAAUGAACUCCUCACCAAAAAGAACAAGGAGACCGGAUGGGACACCCCAAUUCAUGUUGAUGCUGCGAGUGGAGGGUUCAUUGCCCCUUUUCUUUAUCCAGAUCUUGAGUGGGAUUUUCGUUUGCCAUUGGUAAAGAGCAUCAAUGUUAGUGGUCAUAAGUAUGGCCUUGUAUAUGCUGGUGUUGGCUGGGCUAUAUGGAGGACCAAGGAGGACUUGCCAGAGGAGCUUAUCUUUCAUAUCAACUACCUUGGGGCUGAUCAGCCCACUUUCACUCUAAACUUUUCCAAAGGCUCUAGUCAAAUAAUUGCUCAGUAUUAUCAGUUUAUACGGCUUGGCUUUGAGGGUUACAAGAAUGUCGUUGAAAACUGUAUGGAGAAUACGAGAGUGCUGAGAGAAGGAAUAGAGAGAACAGGUAAAUUUGACAUCGUCUCCAAGGAUGUUGGCGUGCCUCUGGUGGCAUUCUCCCUAAAGGACAGCAGUCAAUUCACCGUGUUUGAGAUAUCUAAGCAUUUGAGAAAAUAUGGAUGGAUCGUUCCUGCCUACACAAUGCCUCCAAAUGCAGAACAAGUAGCCGUCCUUCGGGUGGUUAUUAGGGAGGAUUUCAGCCGAAGCCUAGUGGAGAGAUUAAUCUCACACAUUGAGGAAGUCCUGAAGGAGCUGCAGACACUUCCCGACCUUGUUGCAGCUAAAGCUGCCCAUGUUUCAGCCACUGUUGAUAAAGCACUUGAAAGCCAUGAAGGUGUGAAGCGUGUUAAGAGAAGUGUGAGGGAGACUCAAGAGGAGAUCACCAGUAUCUGGAGGCGUUUUGUUGAUGGAAAGAGAACUGGAGUCUGUUAGACAGCUAAAUGCCUAAUGCUUGAUGUAAUAUAUAUAUAUAUAUAUAUCUGCCUAUCCCUUUACAUUGCUGCUGCUAACUAGUAAAACUACUACUAUAGAGGAGGUAUAAGUCUAGUUUGGACUGGAGCUUGAAUAAAGUAUGUUAGUAUACUUUACCUAUCA